AUGCUAGAACGAACGGAGCUUUUGUUAGCCCACUAUGAUCGGGAGAUAUGUCCGCAUCAGAUUGCGCUCCCAACUGACGACGCAGACAACCCCUACAGACUCUAUAUCUUACCGCUAGCAUAUGAGCAGGUUGGUCUUCUAUAUGCUGUUCUCGGGCUCACGGCAUGCCAUAUCGGGAUCAAGAAAGAUGAUGCUUAUCUUCGAGACACAUUAGCAGUCGAGUACCAAGCAAGAGCUAUCCGCUGCCUUGGAGAAACGCUACAGAACGGGAUUUCUGGCGAGUUAGGAGAGAAUGAACGUGACGGAAUCUUUGCCACCAUACAGAUCCUAUUACUCCAAGAUAUUUUCGAGACAGGAAUCUCCACUCACGGUAUUCACAUUACCGGCGCUCUAUCAAUUUGCAACCAGCUACGCUUAUCUGAUAUUUUGACCGAGGACCAUGAACGGACAAUAUUCUUCCUAGGAAAUCUGGCAUGGCUGGAUAUUAUCCGAUCUCUGGCAGAUCCGCAAAAGCUGUGUUUCUCUCCUGCUCUUCGUGAAACCAUCGCCAAUCUAAGUGACUUGAAAUUUGAGCAAGUCAAUGGAUGUCCACGCGAACUAUUCCUGAUAAUAGGUACUGUUCUGGAACAUGCAAAAGCCCAUGAAACAGGCUACAUAGACACACCCCAAUACGAGCGACUUCUCAAUGCCGCCCGGUAUGAUCUUCAAACAUGGCGUUUAUCACCUGGCGUAUAUCCCAACGAUCAUUCACGCUGGCCGGCAAUUGCCGAAGCAUUUCGACACGCUUGCAUACUACACACGUCCCGCUUGUUAGAUGUGUACCAACCAGCUGAAGCAACGAUGAUACAGACUUCUGUGACGGCCAUUUUGGAUGCUAUUGCGGAAAUCCCACCUGACUGUCAUCUGAUUGAGCUGCUGGUCAUGCCUUUAUUCAUGGCUGGGACCGAUGCUUUAUCCUCGUAUGCUCGUCAUUAUGUCCUCCUGCGGCUCGAACAUAUCAAGGUCAGAGCAGGCUUUGGACAUCCCACACCAAUAUCACUACUUCAGUCUGUUUGGGAUGCACGUGGGAAACAGGCGAAAGAUGAUAAUCGGAAUGUUCCUUGGAUGUCGUUUACUCGCACCGGAACAGAGCGCCAGCAUGAUUAUUUGAUUAUUUAA